UCUUUCUAGGACCUGCUGUUAAAGUUUAAGAAGCAUGGACCAGUAUGCAGAUCUGCAAGAAGACCUGAGUCUGGAGGACACCAAUGAAUCCCUUAAUCAGCUCAAGUUGGCUUCUCUAGAUGAUAAGAACUGGCCAGCAGAUGAAACGCCCAUUUUCCCCAAAUCAGAUGACUCCAAGAGUUCCCCUGAUUCUGCCACUCACCUGCGCUGGGAUGACCCAUACUAUGACAUUGCUAGGCACCAGAUUGUGGAAGUAACAGGCGAUGACAAGUAUGGGCGGAAAGUGAUUGUGUUCAGUGCUUGCCGGAUGCCUCCUAGCCACCAGCUUGAUCACGUGAAGCUUCUGAGCUAUUUGAAAUACACUUUGGACCAGUAUGUGGAGAGUGACUAUACCUUAAUUUAUCUGCACCAUGGUCUGACCAGUGAGAACAAGCCAUCCCUGAGUUGGCUGCGGGAUGCCUAUCGGGAGUUUGACCGCAAAUACAAAAAGAACAUUAAAGCAUUGUACAUUGUACAUCCAACUAUGUUCAUCAAGACACUACUGAUUCUCUUCAAGCCCUUGAUAAGCUUUAAGUUUGGGCGGAAGAUUUUCUAUGCAAACUACUUGAGUGAUCUGGAGGAGCACGUGAAGCUGGAGCAGCUGGGGAUCCCAAGCCAGGUGCUAAAGUAUGAUGAGUAUCUGAGAUCACUGCAGAAGCCCUCCCAAGUGCCUCAGAAGACAACCCCGCCUCGCCCUCCCCUGCCAAACCAGCAGUUUGGUGUCUCUCUCCAGCAUUUAAAGGAGAAGAGCUCAGACGAGAACUUCGUCCCUCUGGUGGUCAGGGAGACUAUUGGGUAUCUACAAGAGCAUGCUCUUACCACAGAAGGGAUUUUCCGACGAUCAGCAAACACACAGACUGUCAGAGAAGUUCAGCAAAAAUAUAACAUGGGACUGCCUGUGGACUUCUCGCAAUAUGAGGAUGUGCACCUCGCAGCGGUGAUUCUCAAGACUUUCCUGCGUGACCUCCCUGAGCCACUCCUUACCUUUGGUCUCUACAGCGAUGUUGUCAAUUUCUACAAUGUGGAGGAAGAGAAGCGUGUGGAUGUCAUUCGCAAAACCCUCCAGACUCUCCCAGAUGAAAACUACCAAGUCCUGUGUUCACUGAUGGCCUUCCUUGGGCAGGUCUCUGCUUACAGUGACAUCAACAAGAUGACCAAUGCUAACCUGGCGGUGGUUUUUGGCCCAAACAUGCUCUGGGCCAAAGAUGCAGCUAUAACCCUUAAAGCCAUCAAUCCUAUCAACACCUUCACCAAGUUUCUACUGGACAACCAGAAGGAGCUUUUCGAAAACACGGAGGCUUGACCCGGAACCUGUCUGUGCUAGUACACCAUGUGUCCACUGUGACCACCACCUUCUCUGCCCCUCCCCCUUUCCUAUCCUACCUUGUCUAGGAGCUGUGGCCAAAUCUGUGGAAGCUCCAGAUGAUGAUAAGCAGGGUGAAAGAAGGCUGUGGAGAUGGUACAGUCAAGGAAAUAUGUGUGCUUGUGAGAGGUGAUCAGGUGGGGUGGGAAGCUGGCUUACCCAUCCAUGGGAGAUGAGCCCUGCUAUGGCUGUAUUGGGGAUGUCAGCAACCGGGAUGCUCUUAAAUGCUACUGUUUCCUUUGUUUUCCUUCCCUUCCUUUCAUGAGUUGCUUCCCUCAAAUGAGUCUCAGUGGACUCCAGCAGAACCAUUUUUUUAGUGCUUGUAUGAUUGAUUUGGACUAAUGCAUGUACCUUCAGUGUACCUGGCAAGGAAGAAUCCACUUCUUUUCCUAUUCUUUGCUCAGAGUUGGUUCUCCAGGUUACCCAAAUUA